AGCAGUCAGUCACCAGAGUCACAAGACAACACCCAGGACAUGGAAAAUGCCUCCAACAUUGCCAGUAAUGCUGAUGAUUAUUAUACAUAUUUCUACGUACUAAGGUUUGGUCUGUCAGUGAUCCCUGUUGUCUUCUUCAUCUACGUAAACUGCAUCAUGCUGUUCACCCUGAAUCGAAAGGCAGCCUUCCAAGGAGUGUCUCGCUACAUCCUCUUUGGCCACAUGCUCUUUGCUGACUCCCUUCAGCUGCUAAGUAGCAUGGUUUCCUACUUAAUUGCUGUGGUCAAGGUGUACAUGACCAAUGGAUUAUGUGUUAUCCUGGUGUUACUAGCAAGUUUAACCACUCGCAUUGCCCCACUUAACCUGGCUGUAAUGGCUCUGGAGAGGUACUCUGCCAUCUGCUUCCCCCUCAGGCACGCUGAGAUUGCCACCACUAAGUGGACUGGUGUAGCCAUUGGUGUGGUGUGGGUACUGGGCUCUUUGAAUGCUGUGAUACGGUUUUUCCUGUUUGUAACAAUAGGGCCUCCUUUCUUUGAAGUGCAAGCCUAUUGCAGAAAGAGCAAUUCGUUUGACUCUAAAUUGCACUCAGACAUAGAUAAAGUGUUCGCAAUAGUUUACUUCGCUUUAGUGGGGCUCAUCAUCAUCUACACGUACGUUGCGAUAAUGGUGGAAGCUAAAUCUGUGUCCUCUGACAAAAGCAAGGCCACAAAAGCUCAAAAUACAGUGCUGCUGCACCUAAUCCAGCUGGGCCUGUGCCUCUCCUCCUUUGCGGUCGGUGUUUUAAAUGAACUGGCUUCACGCCUGGAGGUUGACAAAAGUAGAAAUGUAAUGUAUGUCAUUUUCAUGCUUUUUAUCAUUCUCCCCAGGUGCCUGAGUCCCGUGAUAUAUGGGCUCAGGGACAAAAUGUUCAGACCGGUCUUUGUUUAUUACUUCACUUUUGGCCUGAGAAACAAAAUCAAGCCAGAGGUUAACUAGAGAAAGUUGCGCACUCCAAUUCACGGUUUUCCGGGUGUCAAACUGGUCCAUAACAAAGGUCAGCCACUCCUAGCUAUUACCAACCACAUCCAGUGUUCUCUUUCUUCAUAACCAUCCUUAUAUGGAGUAUUUGGACGUCUUGACUGAAUCUCAUGAAAACAUCUGUUUUGCGCAAUUUUGGAGUCUAAUAAAUGUAAAAUACAUAUUCAAUAAAAC